UCACACCACAGUUAUUUUAUUGUAAAUAAGUUAACUAAAUAGAGAGGAUACUUACAUCAAUGCAAUCAGCAAUUUCUUUCAGCAUUUUUCAAGAUAUCCAAAGACAAAAACAUGACACAUAUAUCAUCCAUUUCAAGAUAAUUUGUCAGCCGGCCGAUAUCAAACUUGAUGAAAAACAAGCAGAAAUUGAGAUCUAUAAAUCCAUGUCAACAUUGCAUGGGCAGGCUGGGGUUGCAUUCAGUCGAGAAAUGGUGGAAUACAAUGAGACAGAAAUGACUGGUUCAAUUGAGAUUUCAACAAAGGCGGUUUCAAGAUUAUGGAGUGCUCUUACAUUGAAGAGUAGUGUAGAAGGCGGCAGAUGUGCUAUACGAGUCAUCAACAUAGUACCUCAUGUAUAACAAACACUGCCGUAACCACAGUAUAAUAGCAGGAAGAACAAUGCCACCUCAUGUAUAACAAACACUGCCGUAACCACAGUAUAAUAGCAGGAAGAACAAUGCCACAAUGAAAAAUUUUGUGGUUGAUUGUAUUUGGAAUAAAAAUUCAUGAUGUAUACUGAA